AUGUUCAACCGCCGGAAGAGAAGCAGAAGCUCUUCUCAUCAUCAGCCACUCCCCACACCUGCAUCCCAAUCAGCGCAGUCUGCCGCCAGCCAUGCUUUCCUGAAAUCCCAACCCUCUACGAGUAGCCUCUCGUCCGCCGCCGCCGCGGCCGCACUUCGAAAUCGCACACCGACCCCAACAUCCGUGGAAAAUGUGCAAACCAAGCGCAUGGUCCAGCGGGCGGCCUCAACCCAUUCACCGCGCAACACAAUGUCCACUCGUCGCUCAGCCAGCGUCAGCGGACCUCUGCGUCGCUCGAGUAGCUCAAGCUCGAUGACGGCAAGGACAUUCCGGGAGCCAUCACCUAACCGUCCAUCCACAAGCUCUGGACCUGUUAAUGUGCAACGACCCGAGGCACCUCCGUUACCUAGCUUGCCUGCCCAGUAUGCCCAGCGAAGGGAGGCUUCUCGUCGCGCUUCGAGUCUCGAACCAUCGAUGCGAUCACCUCCGGCAUCUCCCCCACGCGUCUCUACACGAGGAGUGAGCUCUGAUCGAGGGGGUGCGAGCUCACCUUUGCAAAAUAGGGUCAGCAGCUUGAGCACCGUCCCUGAGGUAGAACGGCCAGGUAGUGGAGGAUCGUUCAAUUUUUCCUAUCCAAGGGGCUCCCGACCGAAGUCGCCGCCCUUGACAUCCUCUCCCGAAAACCAGUCUAUCAGUUUAGGGGCGGCUGUGGCCAGUGGGGCAGAGGGCAGUCAGCAAAUCACACCUGAGAAACCGGCCAGCACAAGGCCUAAGGUUCAGGUUGCAGAUAAGAACCACGCAAGCAAGAUGGGCUCUUCCGCCGGUACUACUGCAGCUGCAGCUGCUCAGGCAUUGAGUGUGCAAAAGAGCAGUCCUCGCGCAGAACCCUCCCACACAAGGGUUGAACGGGAUCUCGAGCCUUCAUCUAUCAGCAGUCCAGAUGAACAUCCCACACAAAACGGUCCGGAGAAGCGGCACGUUGUUCGCGGGGUUGAGCCGGAAGAGAAUGCAGAAGUAGAAUUACCUCAACGGGAUUAUGGAAUUCGACUAGGAGCCGUAUCUCCAGCAUCCGACCGUAUUGACGCUUUGGUGACCCCCCAGUCAUCUCCUUCCGCUGCGAAGGGAGUCAAGGAACAAGAAGUCUCCCCCAAUUCGUCAAACAGCCCUGGCCGGUCAGCCCGGUUCUCUAAAUGGCUUUCUGUCAGCAGUUCUGGAGACCAGGUUCAUCAGCCACCCGGGAGAUCAGUGUCUCCUGUCAAAUCGGCCUUGAAGCAUUCUCGCGGAACCUCUCUAUCCCCAGAUAGAAGGGCGUCACUUAGCGGGCCUGUUCAUGCUCCCAGUGAGAUAUCUGAUGGGACGUCGGUGGCAUCCGAUGAAGGCUUCCGACUGAAUGUCAAGAAACGAGCUCCUAAGGUGAGCUUCGAUGACGAAGCUGAGAUUGUCGGUGUUGCUGCAAGUCCCCCCACAUCUCCCGAAGAAUAUACGGCUGGUUCGCCACCCAAAGCCAAGUCCCGCAUGAGUUGGCUUGGUGCCGGCAAGAAGCAGCAAAGGGCAUUGGAUUAUACCACGGGUGACGAUGGUUUCGGUGGAGUAUUGAAGCCGCGACCAAUACUUCCUUCCUUUGGCAGCGUGCGAGGGAAUCGAGAUAGUGGCUCUCAUGAGCCAAUCCCCGAGUACAGUGAUAAUGAUUCUAGUGACUCAUCUGACGAGGAGCUGGAAGUUUCCCCAGUUUCUUUUUCUAAUGAUCAUGCCAUUGGGGGUGUCCUUCCCAAGGUCCGAUCUCAGGGCACUCCCAAUCUUAAAACUGUGGAGCAACUAUCUGUCAGCGGAGAACACAUUUUGUCGCAGCCGAAAGUCGCGACUGACAAUAAAAUGGACGGCGUGGCCAUUAGCCGCAUCACUGAACAACCGCCGUUUACCAUGACACACUCAAACAUACCCCCGCCUGCUAUUGCAGUGGAGCCCGCUACACCUCCCAUUGACAGCGAUCGAACCAGUCGUGAGCUAAAGCGUACGAGUCGGUCAAGUCUUGAGCAAUAUCACAUCCCAGGUGGCUUCCCAGCUUCGGCCUCGGACCGGAGCUUGAAGUCUACGGCUGAAUCUAAAUCCCAGCCGGUAGCUAGUGCCGUUCCAAAGCACGUGGAUGACGUGGACACCGAAGAAGAAUCUGGGGACAGUGUCUACAGUGAUGCUGAAGAGGGUUUUGAUGGUGAUGGCUUUGGAUCUAUCAAUGCCAUUGUCGACAGCAAAUCAAUUCCCAGGUCUUCGGGCCCACUUGAAACAGUCAGCGAAAGCCGUGACCCUACUCCCAAGCCGCUGGGUCGAACGGCGGUUGUUGAUGAUGCGUCACAAGACAUCACAGAACAGGUUGCAGAUGAAGGCCGUUCAUCCACACCCACUCAAGAUAAUGUCAAUCGCGCGAAAGAAUACGCCGUGGCGGUACCAAUGCAGGAGGCCGAACCCUCAAGUCCAUCCCUGCCUCUCCAGUCUAAGACUCCAGUGUCGAACGGGACUACAAAGCAAUAUGCAAGCCAACAGAGAAGGCCCAUGUCUGUGGACGUAUACGGUACUUCCACCUUGAACGACCCGCGAUACUCUAGUGCCUCCUCUGCAGGUCCUGGUUAUGGCAAAUCUCGGCCUUUGUCACUCGGUCCAGCCUUUCAGCGAACGGGAGGACCAGGUGCGGGAUUCCCAAGUUCCAUGCGUCGGUCCAGGUCCAGUGGCAGUGACUCUUCCAGCAGCUUCAAGCGAGCUAGUCAUUCGCCUCGGAGCGAUGGGUCUCAUUCCAUGCGUCGGACAAUGAGAGCUGGUGCAGCAAACCUUCGGGGACCUCCCUCGGACCGAACAGACUCUCCCACUGACUGGCGGCCAAUGUCUUCGGGUUCGUCGCAGGGACCAGGGACCAUGCGCAAAACGCUACGAGGCCCGCCAGGCGGCGGAAACGAGCGGUAUUCAUUCUUCUCAACGAACAAGAAAGCUGCCCCUGCCCCCCGAGCCCGAAUGACCAAGCAACCUCCAAAGUCGAUGGCUGGGUCUCGAUUUGGAGACUCGGACGGAGAAGACGAACGCCAGCCACAGACCUUCCAUAGCCGUUUUGCGGAUUCCAGCGAUGAAGAACAGGACCAUACCUCUAUGCGACCUGUCCGUGGGAUUCCUCGUCGCCAAGGUGCCCACGAUGGAGAUUCCACCGAUCUAGACGAUAGUUCCGAAGGAGAACGUCGACAAUCCAAACCUGUGGCUGUUGCUCCCCGAAUCAAUCCCAAUCCACCUUCUCGCGAUAGGCACGCUCCAAACAUGUCUGGCAUGGCUGCCGUGGCUCGGCAGCGUGGCAUGACGCAGAAGGAACUAGAGGAAUUUCUCAUGCAACCUCGCAAACAAGGACUACUCACCCGUCUUGGUCUCAAGAAGUCAAAGAACAUUGACAAUCGCAUUCGUAAACCGGAUAUGGAGAGUCCAUCUCGAAGAGACACUCAUUUAGAACGAUCGCAAUCGGAGCGUGAGCAAGUUCGUGGUGCAGCUUUGAACGGUCCUCCUCCUAUCGUAACUACGGUGACUGCCAAUCACCCGCACUCACCUCCACAAAAACUCACGAAGAAGGACUCCAAGCGCCAUACAUCGAGUGGAGAGCCUUGGUCAUUCCGCCCUGACGCCAGACCCGCGCCGAUUCCCGAGCCAAGUACCAGUGCUCCGUCGUCCCCUUUGCGAACGCAAAAGCCACUCAAGAAUACGGGGCCCGUUACAGCAAAUGGAGGAAUCAAAUCCGCGAUGAAAGCACCUCAGUCCCAAGCUCCCCGUGCUGGUCCAAUUGAGAAUGAGGAUGCCGCCUCGGACAUCACCAGAAGCACUGAAGAAAAUGGACCCUCAGCACGAGAUGUGGUGAUUGCUGGCUCCGGGCGAAAGAAACGAUUCCCUAUGCUCCGUAAGGCAUUUGGUCUGCGAGCUUGA